CAAAGCCACAGAAGAUCCGGAUGAAACCCAAGCCUCAGAUGCGAGCCAGUUUGAUCUAGCAUCCGAGGGGCCGUUUGUGUGUGUGUGUGUGUGGAGAGCGAGGCUGGAGGGAGGAGUGUUUGAGUGCAUGACAGCGGGAUGAGAGAGAUCUCAGAAGAGAGGUUGUUCCAGUGCUGGAGGUGAUCCUGCGUGGACGCAACGCCUGGAUGUGCACGUUUAUUGGCGUUUUUAUGACUGUUUGCUCUGGUUGUGUCUCUCUGGACCCUGUUCUGACCAUAUCUCUGGAGCAAAGCGGCUCUUCUGUGCUGGAAUGAGGAAGCUCAGGCUGGACAUUGAGUCUGUCUAACAUUAAGGUGGAUGUCGAUAAGCACCAUGACCCAGCAGCUUAGCAUCAACACUGCUUGCUGACACGGUGCAGCAAAGGAUGCUGGGAAACACCAAGCGGUUUUUUGGCAGCGCCGAGGACAAAGAGGGUGAAGAUGAGGAGGAUGAGGAGGAGAGAUUGAAGAGAGCAAAACAAAAUGGGAUGAUCGAUAUGGGAGAAAAGGAACACCAGAACCGGGGCGGACGCAAGGGGGACGGAUCCAAACCGGCAGCCGUUGUGAUUGGAUGGCAGAGAGGAGAGAGACAACCGAGGGCUGGCAAUCCGGCCCAAAGAGGAAUCCCACAUUUACCCAGUCAGCCGACGCUUUAUCAUCAGACAACCAAUCAGCCGCUGUAUCACCCGGUCUUGACCAAUCAGCAGGCCCGGCGGCGUAUGAUGGAGCGGAGCAUGACCACAGUCACGCCUGUCGAAGACUCGCACCUCCCCGUGAUCGUUUUCCGCAUCGGGAUACCGGAUAUCAAACAAACGAAGUGUUUGCGGUUUGAUCCCGACGCGAGCGUUUGGAGUGCGAAGCAGCAGAUUAUUUGUUCUCUCAGCGAGUCGUUGUGGGACGCUUACAAUUACGGCCUCUUCCAGCCAGCUGGAGACGGACGAGAUGCCAAGUUCCUGGAGGAGGAGCGCUUGCUUCGAGAGUUUUCCCAGUCCCUGGAGAAGGGAGUGCCCUACCUGGAGUUCAGAUAUAAGACACGAGUCUACAAACAGACAAACCUGGAUGAGAAACAGCUAACAAAGCUGCACACCAAGGCCAAUCUAAAGAAGUUCCUGGAUUAUGUUCAUGGUGGAGCUGUGGAGAAAUUGAGUAAAGCUCUGGAGAAAGGACUGGAUCCGAACUACCAUGACACUGAAAGCGGAGAGACGCCUCUGACUCUGGCGGUUCAGGGGUGUCUGAGCGUGGAAGGGAUUCGUGUUCUGGUGCUGAACGGAGCUCAUGUGGAUUUCAGAUCCAGAGAUGGACUCACACCCCUCCACAAAGCAGUCAGAGCACACAACCAAUCCACACUGAUGGCUCUGCUGUCUUUGGGUGCUUCUCCGGAUUAUCGAGACCGCUGUGGUCUGACGCCGCUGUACCACUCAGUGCUGACAGGGGGCGACACGUCCUGUUGUGAAACUCUGCUCUACUAUAGAGCACAACUGGGAGUCAGAGAUGAGAACGGCUGGGACGAGUCACACCAGGCGUGCCAGCAUGGAUUUGCCCAACACUUAGAGCACCUUCUGUUCUAUGGUGCAGACACCACUUCCCAGAAUGCAUCAGGAAACACUGCCCUCCACAUAUGUGCCCUUUACAACAAGGAGAGUUGCGUUCGGGUCCUUCUUUACCGAGGAGCCAGUAAGGAGAUGAAGAACAAACAUGGUCAAACCCCCUUCCAGGUUGCUGUGAUGUCAGGCCAUUUUGAACUUGGAGAAGUCAUCAAAAAUCACAAUGAUGCAGAUGUUGUUCCAUUUUUGGAAACUCCCAAAUACGCUCCUCACUUUCUGGACGGUGUGUUGAAUCAGCCCAUCACGGCUGGCCUUCAGCAUCCUCACCCGCUGCUCCGCGCCAAGAGCGAGAACACAAUGACAACGCUCAUGGAUCCCGCAGUGAUGCCCACCGCUGCCGCCAGCAUGCCACCUGCUCAGACUCAACGCCGGGCCUCUUUCGCUUUGAGGAGCUCCAGCAGUCCCCGUGGAGCCCGAACCCGGUCCCCGUCUCGUGGGAGGGAGGGAGGAGAGAAGGAGGAAAAGCAGGAAAAACAGCAAAAGCAGCGAGGGAGGCAGGGAGGGGGCGGAGGUCAGAGGAAAAGGCUCUACAGUGCCGUCCCAGGCCGCGUGUUUGUGGCGACACGUUCUCACUCCGCUCACGGUGAGCGUGAGAUCAGCUUCAGCAAAGGGGACAAGGUCAAAGUGUUGAGCGUAGGGGAAGGAGGAUUCUGGGAAGGAACUGUGAAGGGCCGCACUGGCUGGUUUCCAGCUGAAUGUGUAGAAGAGGUGCUGCCACAAAACCAGGAGCAGCACACAGAGAGCCGCAGUGAGAAGGCGAAGAGGAAACUGUUUCGUCAUUACACAGUAGGAACGUACGAUGGCCUCGAAGUGCCCAGUGACUACAUCAUAAAGGAGAAAACUGUACUUCUGCAGAAAAAAGACAAUGAAGGCUUUGGUUUUGUGCUCAGAGGGGCCAAAGCCCAGACUCCUGUGGAGGAGUUCAGCCCGACUCCUGCCUUCCCUGCUCUGCAGUAUCUGGAGUCUGUCGACGAGGGGGGCGUCGCGUGGCGGUCCGGUCUGCGGAUGGGGGACUUCCUGAUCGAGGUGAAUGGGAUUAAUGUAGUGAAGGUGGGUCACAGGCAGGUGGUGAACAUGAUUCGCCAGGGCGGGAACAGUCUGAUGGUGAAGGUCGUCAUGGUUGCACGAAAUCCUGAGAUGGAGGAAAUGCCUAAGAAGAAAGUUCCCCAGCAAAGUAAGCGGCUGACCCCUCCGGCUAUAGCUCUGCGCUCCAAAUCCAUGACUUCAGAACUGGAGGAGAUGGUGGAGAAAGCUGCCACCCCAUGGAAGAAACCAGAUCAUUCAGAGAGUUCUCAAGCUCCAGAAAAGAAGAAGAGUGUCUAUCAAAUGGCCCUUAAUAAGCUGGACGAGAUUCUAGCCGCUGCUCAACAGACAAUUAGCACAUCAGACUCUCAGGGUCACAGAGGUCAUGGGGGCAAGAAGGAACGAAACAAGGGCUUUAACGCUAAUGAGCAAACUUUUGAACAAUCAGGUGUUGGCAUGAUGCCAUCAGGGUCUGGGUAUGGUUAUAACCAAGCCCAGUUUUCAUCAGGCCAUUCAACUCAGCGUGCUAUGAUGAUGCGUCAGAAAUCCAUGGGAGUUACAGAAGAGGAGAGGGUACAUCUCCAUCCUCCUACUAUGAAGUUGUCCCGUAGUCUUUCUGUGCCUGGACCAGAGGACAUUCCCCCUCCACCCGACACCUCAGCGCCUGAGCCGCCCCUGUCUGCCGGUGGCCACACAGAUAGGAGGGCAGCACCAACACAUUUUUAUGCUGUCCCUCCUCUGCCUCCAUCACACCACCAGCCUCACACCCAGACACAGCAUAGGGUCCCGCCCAACCGCAGGGCUGAAACUGAUACCAGCAAGAUGGGAGGAGCAAGAAUGGGUGGCAUGAGACGUGGCUAUAGCAACGCCACACCUCCCUCUGAUGUGGGCUCCAAACAGUCCACCACACAGCGUAACCAAGCGCAAGCGGUGGCUAAGAUUGCAAGUCGGCAAGUUGGGAAGGGGCUGUUGGUGAAGCAGCGCAAGGUGGAGGAGGCAACAGGCAGAGAAAAAUUGCAGAAAAGUUCCAUUUCAAUCCCAACGAUUAUUGUUAAAGCGCCAUCUACCAGCAGCUCUGGGCACAGUAGCCGUGCAAGCAGUGAGGAUACAGAACUGUCUCCUGAGAUGAAUGAAGAGCAGGAAGAGGAAAAGCCUCAAAACCCAGUCAUGGCUCCUACGCCCACUCCACCUCCACCACCUAAUAUCCCAGGUAAACUGGAAACACUGGGCAGGAGCACAGCACAGCGGGAACGUGAACGCUUCCGUGAUUCCCGUCGGAAAAGCGCCUCAUUUUACUACUCCUCUGAGGAGGACAUUUUAGAUGAAAAGGAGUCUGCUCAAACUCCACUGGAGGCCAACACCACCUCUCGUUUGCGCUCUUCUAAAUCUAUUGAUGAGGGAUUGAUCUCUGGUGAUGCCUUAAGCAUGCCGCCUGCGUUUGGGUUGCCGCAGUACGCAUCAGCUACACCUCAUCAAGCAACUACCUUCAUCCACCCAUUGACGGGGAAAGUUCUAGACCCAACAAGCCCGCUUGGACUCGCACUGGCAGCACGUGAGCGAGCGCUGAAAGACGACCACCGUACACGUAGAGAGGAACGGCACUUCGGUCGCCAGCUGUCCAGCACUGGAGUUUUCCCUUCUGCAGUCUCCCCUCCAAACCAAAAGCCCGUUCCUCCAUUCUACAUAUACCAAUCACACACCUCACUCUACCUUAGUGGUGCCUCUCCAACAACAGGUGGACCAGGCCCACAGAGUCGCCCCCAGUCUCCUCGAAUGCUGCGAUUGACUGGUGGUGGGACGGGGAGCUUGGAGUGGAAUGAACAGAACCUUAUUGAUAGAGAGGACAGAGGGGCACCAAAGGUGCGGUUUACAGAUAAUCAAGCCAGUCAGUACCAGUCUCACCCUCAGGACAGGGACAACAGAGCCAAUCAGUACCACACUUACCUGCGGGAAAGAGAGAGAGAAGGGCACAAGAGGAUACCUCCCAAGCCUCCUCCCCGCAGGCCUUCCUACAUAGAUAAGGAGAGUGAACUCGGCACAGCUGACAAAAGUCCCACCAGUAAUUCCCAGGAUGACAGGGGAGGACAGAAGAGGGGAGAGAGUGGGAUGGAAAAGGAGGGGGAGAAGGAUGUGAAGAUAGGGGGAAAUCUAAGGGUUGGAGAGGGUGGCGAUGUGAUGAUGCUUCCACCUCCUGCUCCAUCUGUGGAUGUGGAUGAUGAGUUUGUGUUUGCAGAGCCCCUACCUCCCCCUAUACAGUUUGCAAACGGAAUAGAAAUAGACACCCAUGGAACAACAGAAUAUAAUCAACAACAACAACAGAAGGAGCUGUCAGGAUCUCAGUCACUCAAUGACCAACAGUCCCUGCAAAUGGUUUCCAAUCCCCCGCAAGAUGCCAUGUCCCUACCAGACAACAUGCAUGCUGACUCACAGCAGACACCCAUCCAUCCUUCUGCUGUGGUACAUCCAUAUCUUUUCCCACCGACUUCUCUAAUCCUGCAUCCACAGCUGUGUCCUAAAAUACCUCCUGCAAACCCCCCUCAGUCUCAACCCUCUGGCUAUUCCCAGCACCCAAACACUGGCCAACCCCAACCUUUAUCCUCGCCACAAGCGGGAGACUCUGCCACUUCUAGUCUUACAUCUUAUGACAGUGAGGUGGCCAAUCUGACUCAGUCAGCUCUCUCCCCAUCUCUUCCUUCUCCUCAGAUUUUCCCUCCUUCGAGUUCCCCUUCCGCACCAGCCACCACCUCCUCAUCUGACCCUAUGUCAUUGCAUCGACCUCUACCACUUUUCUAUCAAAACCAAGGUCACACUAAUGUGUCUCUGUCGUAUUCCACCAUGGCUGCACCUGCUGCUGUAAUGACCGUCACCACAACUAUGCCUUUGGAAAGUACAUCAGUCAUAGCAAGUGAUCGACUUCCUCCGGCACUUAAGGGGCGUGAUUGGUCGGAGGCUGUGGUUGAUUCUGGAAUUGAGGAACUGGAGAGUCACAGCAUCAGUGAUCACCACAUGGAAAACUUUGCAGAAAGAAUGGAUCGAGAAGGAGGCCAAGAGAAGGAGAGGGAAGGAAGGCGAGAAAGUAUGGAGAGCGGGAUAGUAGGGGAUGGUUUCAAAGGAGACGGAAGAGUGUCCCUGGAUUUGUCUCUUUCUCACACCGAUAAAUUCGCUCAAAAAACACACAAACCGCACAUACAUAAAUCCAAACCUCCAAACCAGCCACUAGCUAAACCACACACUCAAAAUAUGUUAAAAUACCACGCACACACACAGAAUGGGCGAACCGGACCACCGCUACAGCGGCAGGCUAGCACUGCUCCCAACAUGUACAGGUCAAGGGAAGAGGAGGAGCAAGAACAGGGAAGAGUAGGUGAUGCUGAAGUGAAGAUUCCAGCGUUUAUGGAUCGACGUCUGAACUCUCCUCUCUCCAAUGUUAAGGCCAGCAUCAUAAAUGAACUCAGCAGUAAACUACAACAGCUUGGUGGCUGGCAGGGUCAGGGACCACCGCCAAAUCAUAGGUUUCCAGGUGAUCCCUCCUCUGGCUGUGCACCUCUCAUCCCUGCUUCUGUUCAGUCUCUCCAACGCUCCUUCUCUCCAAACCUGCCCCCUAACUCUUUAACAUCUAACUGCCCCGCUGUGGCUCUGAACCCUGUACCUUCGUCUCCUCUUCCUGUAACAGCUCUAACCCCAGUCUUAAUCCCGAUCCCAUUACCUCUAACCCCAACCCCAGCUCCACCCCCUCUCAAAGACUGGACACCAUCUAAUUCUCCUAUUUCUUUUCCUCACGGUAUUUUGUCCCCUCCGUCACUGCCCCAUACCCCCCUCUCUCCUCUUUCCCUGGCUCAUGCACCCCUCUCUCCUCCAUCAUUACCUCAUCCUCCCAUUUCUCCAAUAUCUCUCUCUCAUGCGCCCAUCUCACCUUCCUCUGUCUCUUAUCCACCGCUCUCUCCAUCCUAUUCCCCCUAUCCCUUGUCUCCGAAACUUCGCUCUAAGUAUCGUGGAAAAGUUUCCGAGUUUCAGUUCUCCGGGCCAGAGCUGCGGCGUUCUGAAUCUCACUCAUACACUCAGCGCCGUCGAGCACCCAGUCCCCUCAUCUCCUGUUCGGACCACCCGCAGCCUGGACCUCCGCGUCCAUCCUCGCUCCCUCUCUUUCCAUCUGCGCCUCUUUACAGCUCUCUGUUUGAAAUCCAACCCCCUUUAACACCCCCAUUGGGAGUCGCCCAUCAAUAUUCAGACCAGUUUUUCCCCCAAACUUCUCCUCUCUUCCCGCUCCCAUCUCCGGUGGCUCCUCCUAACCCUGCGCUUGUCUCUAGGUCACUCUCCCCUACCAACUACCUGUCUGGAGGCUCCUCCCCAUCUUGUAUGGGCUACCCGCCCUUGACGCCUCUUCCACCCAAUCAGCCAUUUGUGUCUAAGCCCCUCCCCUACUGGAGCAAAUAUGAUGUUGCUGAUUGGCUGACUUACCUGAAUCUGGCAGAGCACCGAGAACGUUUUCUCGACAACGAGAUUGAUGGCUCCCACCUGCCAUCUCUGACAAAAGAGGACUUCCUGGAUCUGGGUGUGAGUCGGGUCGGACAUCGCAUGAACAUUGAGCGUGCGCUUAAGAGACUUACGGACAGGCUCUCCUCUGCUUUCUCUGUCUCCACUGUUUCUUCUGAAGGGCAGAACGAACGCAUGAGAGAUGAUACGACUCAGAGCUAGAGGAGAAUUAGAGAGAACUAGUAAGAGGAUAGAAAGAAAGAAAGAAUGUGGUUAGACAAAAAGCACUUGGGAUGAAAGGGAAAGACUUCCACUGAAGGACAGAGAUGGGGAUGAUUGCAAAGGAGAAGUGCUAUGAAAUACUCAAACACUCUUGCCGAGUGAAAGCUAAAGUCAUCGUCUCCGUCGUUCUGAGCAAAUGUUUGUCAUCUCAGCUGAAGCCAGAUGGGCAAACUUCUUCAGCCAAUCAGAGACACACAAAGAAUGUACUUCUUUCAUUGUUUUUUGGGAGGACUAUAUCAAAAAGUGUAAUGAAUUUUAGUAAUAUUAUAUU